GACGAAAGGAGCCACGACUCGCUACAGUCCAGUAGUCAGUCGGGGUAUAUGCUGUUGAGUUUAUUCGGAUUGUUGCUUUCAUUCAGUAUCCUGACGGUAUUGUUAAUUUCAGAGUCAGUGAAAAGCGUCGCAUUGUCGUAAUUUCAUCGAAUAAUUAUAUCUCGGAUCGAAAAUGGGGUUCAAAUUUCUAGAGGUAAUAAAACCGUUUUGCAGUAUACUACCGGAAAUAGAGAAGCCGGAACGAAAAAUUCAGUUCAGAGAAAAAGUAUUAUGGACUGCAAUUACGUUAUUUAUCUUCUUAGUAUGCUGUCAGAUCCCUCUGUUUGGCAUUAUGUCCUCUGAUAGCGCUGAUCCUUUCUAUUGGAUCAGAGUUAUACUCGCGUCGAACAGAGGUACCCUUAUGGAAUUGGGAAUUUCUCCCAUUGUUACGUCCGGUCUCAUUAUGCAAUUGUUAAGCGGUACAAAGAUUAUCGAAGUUGGCGAUACCCCAAAAGACAGAGCACUCUUUAAUGGCGCACAAAAAUUAUUCGGUAUGGUGAUCACCGUUGGCCAAGCCAUUGUGUACGUAAUGACUGGAAUGUACGGUGAUCCAACUGAAAUUGGAGCUGGAGUUUGUUUGUUGAUUAUCAUUCAGUUAUUCGUUGCUGGAUUGAUCGUCUUAUUAUUGGAUGAAUUGCUCCAGAAAGGAUACGGAUUAGGAAGUGGUAUCUCUCUUUUCAUCGCUACCAAUAUUUGUGAAACAAUAGUAUGGAAAGCAUUCUCUCCAGCCACUGUCAACACAGGACGUGGCACAGAAUUCGAGGGUGCAGUAAUUGCUCUGUUUCAUUUGUUGGCCACAAGACAGGACAAAGUUCGAGCUCUACGCGAAGCAUUCUACAGACAGAAUCUUCCCAAUCUCAUGAAUUUACUCGCUACAAUUUUAGUAUUUGCCAUUGUAAUUUACUUCCAGGGCUUCCGCGUUGAUCUGCCGAUCAAAUCCGCCAAAUACAGAGGGCAAUACAGCAGCUAUCCUAUUAAACUAUUCUACACCAGCAAUAUUCCAAUAAUCCUUCAGUCCGCGCUGGUGUCGAACUUGUACGUGAUCUCCCAAAUGUUGGCCGUUAAAUUUCAAGGGAACAUCAUCGUUAAUCUGUUAGGAGUGUGGUCGGACAUAGGCGGUGGUGGUCCAGCGCGGUCUUAUCCCGUUGGAGGGCUGUGUUACUAUUUAUCCCCACCGGAAUCUGUCGGGCACAUCCUUCAGGAUCCUAUUCACGCUGUCCUUUACAUUCUUUUCAUGCUUGGCUCCUGCGCGUUCUUCUCGAAAAUGUGGAUCGAGGUUUCCGGUAGUUCAGCCAAAGCGGUCGCGAAACAAUUGAAGGACCAACAAAUGGUAAUGAGAGGACACAGGGACAAUUCCAUGAUCCAUGAAUUGAACAGAUACAUUCCAACCGCGGCGGCGUUUGGUGGACUGUGUAUCGGUGCGUUAUCGGUGCUAGCCGAUUUCCUCGGUGCAAUCGGAUCAGGCACUGGUAUCCUACUCGCCGUAACGAUCAUAUACCAGUACUUCGAGAUCUUUGUUAAGGAACAGAGUGAAAUGGGUGGCAUGAGCACGCUACUUUUCUAAAUAAACUCUAUGCGUAUUAAGUCUAUGCAAGUUGACUUUAAAGGUGAAGUUUUUUUGUUUUUUUUUUUUUUUAAUUCUGAAGAACUGAAUAAUAAUUUAUUGUAACAUAAGUCUGUUAGACGCUGUCAGUACUGUUGAUUACUCGACAGAGUAAUCGAAGGUCUUCAACAUGCAAUCAAAGUGCAACAAUUCUCUUCGUUUUUCAUUGAAAACAUAGAUUGAUAUGCAUACAUAUAUAUAGUUAUAUAUAUAUGUGCGUGUGUGUUAUGCGAUAGUUUUUUUUUUCUUUUUUUUUCUUGAAAAAUUUUAUUCAAAUAUGCCUGUCGUACAUUCAAUUGUAUAACUAUCGUCGGCGAUUUUUGCAACUGUUAAUUUUUAUUUAUGUGUCAUGAAAAACAAAACCGUUUUUUAUAUAUACAUAUAUAUAUAUAUGAAACAUUGAAAGCGAUUCUACGCUGUGUCAUUAAUAUUUCAAGACAUUAAGUGUUGACACAGCGUAGAAAUUCGCAGUUGACCAUAAUAUAUUAAAUGCUCGAGUGUAAAUACAGGCAUUCAAUGUUGCUCGAAUGUGCUGGAUUUACUUAUAAGAUAUAUCUUUCAUACAACGAGCAGUGUACAUAGGGAAAAAAAAAAAAGUAAUUAAAUAUUUUCAACAUUUUUUACUAGUGUUUUAGUACUCCAACCGAUAAUGGAGUCGUACGAGAGACUCUUGUAACGUACGAUUAUUAAUCGUAACGUGUAUAAAUCGAACCAUUGCAUAUUGUAUAAUCAUUUCGUCAGGACGAGACACCCACCUAGGGUUAUUCGUACAAAAUCUACUUCGAACAGUGUUCGCUCAUCAUAGAUAUCAUCAUUCCUAUAUUGAUAAUGAUACAAAGUAAACUGAUACUUGUUUCUUGUAUGUAUUUAGGAAAAUGUGUUUUUAUAAAAAUUAAAAUUUA